GCAUACACAUCUGCAUACACGGUGAUCAACCUGUCAUGACUCUUACACGACAAGGAUGCAGUAUCUCAUGUCAUCACGCCCGCCGUGGGAGGAGUCUCGAGUAUCAACUCCAGCUCCUUCAAAUACAAUAUGACAAGAUUUGUCUUGCAAAACGAGCUAUCCUGAACGCAACUGAUUUCAUUUCAAUAUACUGAUCAAUUAUCACUCUCCCAAAGUAUAACAAAUCGCAAUUACAACAUGGCAACAGUUAAAGUUGACGGCCAACAGCGCUAUCAUGACACGACCGCGGCUUACGUGCUCCCAAAAGCAAACGAUGUCAUUGAGCAGGAUCGACUUGAUACUCAAGCAGCUGCCAUUGUCGAGAUGAUUGGUGGCUCCCCUCUCUUAGCUCCAUUGCAGACACUGGAUAAUAUUUCCAAGGUGGUUGAUAUUGGCUGUGGUACUGGUGUGGCGACCAUCCAGAUUGCUACAAUCUUACCAUCUGCAACCAUUUACGGUCUCGACCUAACCCCAGUCCCAGAGGAGUCAAAGAAAAUGGCACCGGGUAACGUGGUCUGGGCUCAAGGAAAUGCAUUGGAUGCUGACUACAACCAACCCGAUGAUGGUAUCCUAAGCCGUGAGAUAUUCAAACCGGAAGGAUUGGAUUAUAUCUUCGGUCGCAUGCUUUUCUUAGGUAUCAACAAUUGGCCAAAGUACUUUUCAACCACGUCACAUGCGUUGAGGUCUGGUGGCAUAAUUGAGCAUCAGGAUUUAGACUGGAAAUUUUAUCGCGUCGGGACCUCAGAGUGUGUGAGUGACGAUUGGGAGUGGCACAAAGCAAUCUUAUCCGGGGCUCAAAAGUCCGGACUUUCGACAAUUUCUGGUUCUGGAGCAGCAGCGUUAAUGAGAGCUUGUGGUUUGGAGGUGAUCAAUAUCCAAAGUUUUGAGUUUUCAUUUUCGGCGUCAAGCAAAACGCCUAAAAGUCAAGCAAUGGCGAGGUAUGUCCAAGCUAAAUUGAUACCACAGUAUCCGGAGUUACUUGGUAAAAUGCUUGGAGCUAUUGGCAUAAGUGGAGAGAAAUUGGACACAUUGACCAGAGCAUGUCUCCAUGACAUCAAUUCUGAGGAGGGCUUGUACCAGAAGUACACCGUCACUAUUGCAAGAAAGCCCUAGUUAUAGGGUACUUUGAGACACAAAAUCAGUUCUAUAACUACUUUGUUCCGUCGCAAAUCACUCUUUUCUGAUGGAUCUUGAAUUUUCAUUGUUUUCAGGCCGCUUGACCAUACAGCUACUAUCUCCAAGUAUGUGUAGCUUGUAGUAUUGUCACAUAGGCUUCCCUCAAAAAUAGCCAGAACAUACCUCUUGCUUUUAGAUACAUCAUACUUACACGGUGUAUGAAUUCGCAAAAUAUUGGCAAUCAAUCAUUCACUAGGCUUUAGAUGUAGCUGAAUUUUGAACUGGAGUGUACCAAAUUAGACCUUAGAUAUUGAGC